AUGGGCCCCUGUACCGCCUCCUCAUGCUGCUGCCAGGCUCGUAAUCUGUCAUGGGCCCCUGUACCGCCUCCCUCAUGCUGCUGCCAGGUCCAGAGUCUGUCAUGGGCCCCCGUACCGCCUCCUCAUGCUGCUGCCAGGCCCAGCUGUCAUGGGCCCCUGUACCACCUCCUCAUGCUGCUGCCAGGUCCACACUGCUGUGUCAUGGUCCAUUACGGCCUCCCAUUAGGCUGUGCCAGGCCCGUAAUCUGCCAUGGGCCCAGAUUACCACCUCCUCAUGCUGCUGCCAGGCCCGUAAUCUGCCAUGGGCCCCUGUACCGCCUCCUCAUGCUGCUGCCAGGUCCAGAGUCUGUGUCAUGGGUCCCUGUACGGCCUCCCAUUGCUGCUGUCUCCAUCGCCACACUCUGCCAUGUGCCACUUUCAGGUCUCCUCACACACUGCUGGUGUGUUCCAUUUUUUGUCAUAGGGUGC